UCGGUAUUCUUCCAUUCGGCCAUUUUUUUAGGAUUAAAAAGGAGAGAAAAUUGAUACAUUUUCCCUCACUUUCUCGCUCCCCAAUCACUUUGACGCCCCCUCCUGAAUCAGAGUUGAAAAUUUGGAGACUGAUUCUUUCAUUUCUCGAAGAUCUAGGGGUUAGUUCAUUGAUAUUGAUGUGAUUGGACUGCGUGAAAAUGAGUAUGGAGGAUGUUGAUGUUUCCGGAGACAUGGCUUGUCUCGAUGCGGAUUUGUUGCAGCUGCCGGAAAUCUCUCCCUACGCGCUGAAAUCGAAUCCCGAAUUCUCGCAGAAGCUCUUCGAGCAGUGGCUUUCGCUCCCAGAAGCUCAUCGGCAGGUUAAAUCACUGCUAAAUGAUGCAAAAGCUGGAGGUCCUCUGAAUGUUUCUGGAAGUACAAAUUCUGGCACCAGCAAUUCUUUACCAUCCAUGUUUCCAGCGGGAAGUGCUCCUCCGCUUUCACCUAGGAGUUCAACAGGUUCACCGCGAAUGACGAAACAGAGGGCUGUGCCUUCUAAUUUAGGCUCGCCGCUGAAAGUAGUCAGCGAGCCUGUCAAAGAGCUUAUACCUCAGUUUUAUUUUCAAAAUGGUCGUCCGCCUCCAAGUGAGAUUAAAGAGCAAUGUUUAACCAGAAUCAAUUACUUUUUCUCUGGUCACAUGGAUGGACUGCAGAUGCAAGAAUUCAAACUAGUCACCAGAGAAAUAUGCAAGCUUCCAUCUUUCUUCUCCACACCACUAUUCAGGAAGAUCGAUUUCAAUAAUACAGGAUUUGUUACUAGAGAAGCAUUUAUUGACUAUUGGAUAAAUGGAAACAUGUUGAUAUUGGAUAUGACAACCCAAAUAUUCAAGAUACUAAAGCAGCCAAAUCAAAAUUACCUUGUCAAGGAUGAUUUCAAGCCAAUUCUUAAAGAACUAUUGGUAACUCAUCCUGGCUUGGAGUUCCUGCAAAGCACUCCUGAAUUCCAGGAAAGAUAUGCUGAAACUGUAACCUACAGAAUAUAUUACUACAUAAAUAGAUCCGGAAAUGGGCGGCUUACACUGAGGGAGCUGAAACGAGGAAAUUUAAUUGAUGCAAUGCUACAUGCUGACGAAGAAGAAGACAUCAACAAAGUGUUGAGGUACUUCUCUUAUGAGCAUUUCUAUGUCAUAUACUGCAAGUUCUGGGAGCUGGAUACAGAUCAUGAUUUCUUGAUAGACAAAGAAAACCUUAUCAGAUAUGGAAACCAUUCUCUUACUUUCCGUAUUGUUGACAGAAUAUUCUCCCAGGUUGCCAGGAAGUUUACCAGCAAAGUUGACGGAAAGAUGGGGUACGAGGACUUUGUCUAUUUCAUUCUUGCAGAAGAAGAUAAAUCGUCGGAGCCUAGCCUAGAGUAUUGGUUCAAGUGCAUAGAUUUGGAUGGUAAUGGGGUUCUCACCCGAAAUGAGAUGCAGUUUUUUUACGAAGAGCAGUUGCAUCGAAUGGAAUGCAUGGCGCAAGAGCCUGUCUUUUUCGAUGAUAUCUUAUGCCAAAUAAUUGACAUGGUUGGACCAGAGAAUGAGAGCUAUAUCACGCUGCACGACAUGAAGGGUUCCAAACUCUCUGGAAGCGUCUUCAACAUCCUUUUCAAUCUAAACAAAUUCAUGGCCUUCGAGACACGUGAUCCAUUUCUCAUCCGUCAGGAGCGAGAAAACCCGACAUUGACAGAAUGGGACCGGUUUGCCCAUAGAGAAUACAUCAGGCUUUCAAUGGAGGAAGAUGUUGAAGAUGCAUCCAAUGGAAGUGCAGAAGUCUGGGAUGAGUCCCUUGAGUCUCCAUUCUGAGUUCUUCAAGGUGGUUUGCCCUGAAGAUGCUCCACAGUCACCAAACAGAAGAAAACCAUAUGGGGCAUAGGGAGGAUUCCUCGCACCUUUGAAUCUCUUCCAUCAGCAAACAAAAAAAAAAAAAAAAAAAAAAAAAAAAAAAAAAAAACCUGGAAUAAUCUUGUGGUUCGACAACAUUCUCUCUCUCCGGAAGGUAAUUUCCGGGAAAGUGUCUUCUCAGAUUUUUUUUUCCCCCCCAUCAGAAUCCAAACAUUGUAGCCUCUGUUUUUGUUCAGUUUUUUUGUUAGGGGAAUAUACAGGACUCCGUUUAUUUAUAUGGGUUUUUUUUUCGGUCUCGGGGUAGUAUAGUAGUUCUGUUUUUUUUUUUCAAUCUCCAGGUACUGUCAUCAUCUGGUAUCUUUUUUUUUCUUCUCUGUUCAUCUAUUUCUCCAUAACCCUGUGUGUUCCCAUGUCUUUUUUCUCUUCUGGGUCUUGUCUUGUUUUAAUUCCGGAACCUAAGUAGCUUUUGCUUUUCAUUAUCUCUGCCUUUUUUUUUGUUUUUGCUGCUGUCUGUCGAUUAUCAUGCAAGUCUUGUUUGCUGUUAUGAUGCUCACUAUGCCAUAUUAGUGCUCA